AUGGGACCAGUCGGUGCACGGUCUCUUCGUCGAAGCGGUAUGGCCGCCUCGUUGACGUGGCUUCCCGCGCCACACUGCGCGUCUUUCCGCCGAUCUGUGCAACCCGCCACUGGCGCCUCCGCGUCCGAACUCCGAUCGCCCCACGCGCCGCACGAACCACACUUGUCGUUGCACUUCCAGUCUGCUCCUCGUGCGCGGAAAAUAUUCAGCCUCAGGCCCAGACGCCCCUUGCCAGCGUCGCGGUUUACCGUACGCGCCAUAGGCGGCGCGGGCGGGCCGGAGACGUUUCUGUCGCUGGAAGAGGCCGGGCUGGUGGAGCUGGCGGGGCUCGACGCGCACGAGCGAUUCCUCGCGCGCCUCACGAUCUCGUCGCUGAAUUUACUGCGAGUGAUAUCAGAGCAGGAGGGCGUGCCGAUAGAGGAGCUGAACGCGGGGCGGGUGUGUGACUGGUUCAUCAAGGACAAGGCGAAGCGCGAGCAGGACGUCAACUCCGCUGUUCUCAAGUGGCCCAAAGCCCCUGAGUGGUAG